AUGGAAAACCAUGGACUACUAAUGAAGUUUUCCAAGAUUCGAAAGAAACCACAGCAGCCGCUAAAUGCGUUGGCUGAGCUGUACUCAAGAAUAGCAAAUGAAACAAUACACUAUCUUGAUUUGGAAAAGAAACAUGAAUAUAAGGCUGCUAUUCAAGGAUGGAAAAUCAUGGCUACAGAUGCUAUGUAUAAGCUCAACAUGAUAGAUCGACAGUAUCCAAAUUUUGCAUCUUACACCCCAGAAGAAUUGAAUCUACAAAGCGGUAUAAGAGAUCUUUGUGAAAAAGCUUUAAAAAACCUUGAAAGGGUGCAGUCACUCUACGAAGACGUAACGAAAACGGAAAGUUCCACUAACACAAGAACACCUUCGAUAUCAAGUAAUGGAAGAUUCAAAGUGCAUACUCUUAGAGACGGAGUUCACAGAAUGCGAUACAACAGAGGUGGGAGUGGUCUGGGACUAAAAAGCGACAAGAACACAUCGACAUCGAAUAAUAAUACUGUCAACUUCUCUGCAUCAAAAUCUUUACCAGCUGUGAUAGUGUCGGACCCAUUUGCAGAUUUUGAUGAUGAUGAAAUGAACCUCAUUGAUUUAUCUGAUGCAGAAACUGCCCCCAGCGCACCUCCGAUUCCACCUCCAGCUCCGCCUCCAGUUCCUCCUCGGGCGCCCACCUAUGGUCAUUCUCCAAAAUCUACAUUCAAUAUAUCAUCAGCUGAAAUAAGGCAGCAGGAUAAUUAUUUUGAUUACAUGGAUAUCAGUGAAGAGGAUCUUACAAGAUUAAAGACAUUGGAUAGUCUAAAUGGAACAACUAAUGCAUUUUCUACACUUAGCCUCGAUUCAUCCGAGACUUCAGCGCAACCUCAGACCCCAAGAAGACCAUCAGAACCUGUUCCACAGUCCCAGAGGCCAGUUGGUAUUACUAGACCGAAGAAAUCCACAGAUAAUAUUACGUUGAAAUCUCAUAAUUCGCCUCAAACGAAAAAGAAUUAUCCAGUGCAAAGAAGAAAUACGUCAAUAAAUGCAGCCCUCGCUGCAUCAAAUCUGCAAACGAAUAAGUUGAAAAGUAAAAGUGCGUCUUCCAAAAAAUCGGCAGCUACGCACUUAACUCCAUCUGCAAGAUCUUCUCCAGGUACAAAUUCCAUACCUAAGCCAAGAGCAACGACAUCAAAAUCAUCACCUUCUCUUCUCAACACUGCUACCACAAGAUCAAAUUCGCCAAGCAAGAGAAGGAUGGGCUCAACUUCCAGUGUGUCAUCUGCGAAUAAUACUAAUACUAAUACUAAUAAUUAUAAUAAUAAUAAUAAUAAUGCAUCGAGCCCACCUCCUGGCGAUAUUCAACCAUCGGAUCAAAUUGAUGUCGUUGCACAAACCAAAGAAGAACUUGAAGAUGCGAUCAUCGAUUCGUUGCCGGGUGUGGACAGAACAGCAGCAAAGCAAAUAUUUAGUGAAAUUGUUGUUCAUGGUGACGAAGUAUACUGGGAUGAUAUAGCUGGUCUCGAUACCGCCAAGAAUUCGUUAAAGGAAGCUGUUGUCUAUCCAUUCCUCAGGCCAGACCUUUUCCGAGGCUUAAGAGAACCAGUUAGAGGAAUGCUAUUGUUCGGUCCCCCAGGUACAGGUAAGACAAUGUUGGCGAGAGCAGUAGCAACGGAAUCCAAAUCUACGUUUUUUAGCAUUAGUGCAUCCAGCUUAACUUCCAAAUACCUUGGUGAGUCUGAAAAGCUAGUCAGAGCUCUCUUUGCAGUCGCAAAGAAGCUUUCCCCAUCCAUCGUCUUUGUCGAUGAAAUUGAUUCCAUCAUGGGUUCCAGAAACAAUGAUGGAGAGAACGAAUCAAGCAGAAGAAUCAAGAACGAGUUCUUAGUCCAAUGGUCUUCCCUCUCUAGCGCUGCAGCGGGCAAAGGCUCAAGUGCUACCGACUCAGAUGAUCGCGUUCUAGUCCUCGCCGCAACAAACCUACCCUGGUCUAUCGACGAAGCUGCCAGAAGAAGAUUCGUCAGGCGUCAGUACAUACCACUCCCAGAACCCGAGACAAGAAAAAUACAGCUAAAAAGACUAUUACUACACCAAAGGCACACACUAUCAGAAGAAGAUUUCGAUGAGCUGGUUUGCCUUACCGAAAACUACAGUGGAAGUGAUAUCACAUCCUUGGCAAAGGAUGCUGCCAUGGGACCCUUGCGAGAACUCGGUGAUAAACUUCUAUUCACUGAAACGGACAAAAUUCGAUCAGUCAGCCUCGAUGACUUCCGCAACAGUUUGAAGUACAUCAAACCCUCGGUCUCUCAGGAUGGAUUGGCCCGUUACGAAGAAUGGGCCGCCCAGUUCGGCUCUUCCGGAGUCUGA